AUGGCGUCGAUGAUCAGCCUGGAAGAGCUCCACCUCUACCACAAAAUUGACAGAGACAUAUUCUCUCGUCUUGUCACAAACUUUAACCGAGACCCUGCAGAAUCCUUGGUUGUCAUGGCUCUUUGGCUUUGGCUCGAAGACAAGAAUUACCCAAACAUUAUUGUAAAAAUGGUCGGGCUGCCUGAUGCUCUUGUGGGUGCAUUAGCAAAUGAAGCUGUUUUAUGCCUCAAGUGUCUAGAAUCCAACCUUCCUCGCGCGGCUGCCGGUAUUCCCCUAACUGCAGCACUUAUGGAAAGAGACAUAUCUUUGCAAAUGUUCACCCAAAACAAAUUUUCUGCAAUUACUGGGAUAAAGAGUUUUCUCAACAACAUUUGCUGCCAUAUUUUUACCGAUAUUCUACAACAUGUUCUACCUCCUGCUGGCGCUAAUUCACAAGCAAAUCUGAACCACCCAUUGUUUGGUGCCAUCACAGUAGUACUUACGCCUGUGAGCAGUAGUACUGGUUUUUCUGCAGGAGGAUUAUGGGAUUGGCAACCGGCCGAUGGCCAUGAUGUGUCGGAGGACGACAGGACAAUGUUUCUGACAUUUUCACGAGGCUUUCCGGUGUUGGAAGAAGAAGUGAAGGAGCUUUUUACAGAGCUUUUUGGGGAUUGUGUGGAAAGUGUGCAAAUGGAGACUGUUCCUUCGAGUGAACAACCUUUGUAUGCUCGAAUGGUUUUGCGGUCUGUUACGUUUGUUGAUCGAAUGUUGAAGGGGAAACGCAUAUCAAAGUUUCGGGUCAAUGGCAAACACAUAUGGGCUCGGAAGUAUGAGCGCCGAGAUCAGUAG